AUGGCUGGCCGACUGGGCGACAUGUACGGUUCUAAUCCCAUACUCAUUGGAGGUCUUGUUACCUACGCCCUACGACAAGGUAUUUAUCCUGGCAAGGGCCUUGCAGGGUACGAGAGCCUUGCUGGUGCUGCCAGUUGCUGCCUAGCGAAAUACCAUGGUCUUCAGUCUGUUUGGGGCCUUUUGCGUCUGGGGGCUACAUGCUGGGUGCCCUGUUCACAGCGAUCCCGGCGUAGUUCGGCAUCUGGGCCUGACUCUACUUCGCUGUGGGUUUUGUCUGCUUGUUGCUCGGAGCUGCUGCCCUAUUCAUCAUUCCGUCAAAUCCAACCAAGGCCAAAGAUGAUGAAGGAGGCCUAA